AUGCCAGCACCCAAGGGGACGAGGAGGAGCCUCGUACUGAGGACCGUGGAGCGGUGCAAGUCCGGGACCGGGCGAAGCGGCGGCGCAGCGUCGGCGGUGGCCGCCGGGCGCUUCUCGGUGUACGUCGGGGCGGAGCGGGAGCGGUUCAUGGUGCGCACCGACUGCGCCAACCACCCGCUGUUCCGGCGGCUCCUCGACGACGCCGAGCGCGAGUACGGGUACGCGUCGCAGGGCCCGCUCGCGCUGCCGUGCGACGUCGGCACGUUCCUCGGCGUCCUGUGGCAGAUGGACCACGGACACCACCACGACGACGACGACGACAGUGCCGGCGGCGAGGAGAUCCGGGAGGCGGCGUCGCCGAUAUGCGGCUUGCUGCUGGGUGGCCGCGGCAAGUGCCGGGCGGCUGGGUACCGCCGGAUGCUCAGCCGGGCGAAGACGUCGUGGGCCACCGGGCAGCAGCUUCUCCCACGGUUCACACUUGGCAGUUAG